AUGACACCGGAUUUUGACGAAGAGGUGGUUUUUGAGAAUUCUCCACUUUACCAGUACUUACAGGAUCUGGGACACACAGACUUUGAAGUAUGUUCUUCUCUGUCACCAAAAGCAGAAAAAAGCACAGUGACAGAGGGACAGCAAAAGCCUCCUGCAAGAGCCCUGCCAAAACAAGGCAUCCUGUUAAAAGUGGCUGAAACCAUCAAGAGUUGGAUUUUGGCUCAGUCCAAUAAGAAUGAUGACUUGCUUCACAAGUUGGAUACUGGAUUCCGACUCGACUCACUCCAUACUAUCCUGCAACAGGAAGUCCUGUUACAAGAGGAUGUGGAGCUGAUUGAGCUGCUUGAUCCCAGUAUCCUGUCUGCAGGGCAACCUCAACAACAGGAAAAUGGACACCUCCCAACACUUUGCUCCCUGGCAACCCCUAAUAUUUGGGAUGUCUCAGUGGUAUUUGCCUUCAUUAGUUUGCUUGUUAUGCUUCCCACUUGGUGGAUUGUAUCUUCCUGGCUGGUAUGGGGAGUGAUUCUAUUUGUUUAUCUGAUCAUAAGAGCUUUGCGAUUAUGGAGGACAGCAAAACUACAAGUAACUCUAAAAAAAUACAAUGUCUAUUUGGAAGAUAUAGUGACAAAUAGCCGAGGUUUUACUAACCUUGUGAGAAAAGCUUUACGUCUCAUUCAAGAAACUGAAGUCAUUUCCAGAGGAUUUACACUUUUGCUUGACAGGGUCAGUGCUGCUUGCCCAUUUAAUAAAGCUGGACAGCAUCCCAGUCAGCAUCUCAUCGGUCUUCGGAAAGCUGUCUACAGAACUGUCAGAGCCAACUUUCAAGCAGCGAGGCUAGCUACCCUAUAUAUGCUGAAAAAAUAUCCUUUUCUUGACAAUGUAACCAACUACAUCUGUGUGGUACCUUUUAAGGAGCUGGGCCUUGGACUUAGUGAAGAGCAGAUUUCAGAAGAGGAAGCACAUAACCUUACAGAUGGCUUCAGCCUGCCUGCGUUGAAGGUCCUGUUUCAGCUCUGGGUGGCACAGAGUUCAGAGUUCUUUAGGCGGCUAGCCCUGUUACUUUCUACAACAUAUUCACCUCCUGGGCCGUUACUUACUCCAGCACUUUUGCCUCAUCGUAUCUUAUCUGAUGUGACUCAAGGUCUACCUCAUGCUCAUUCUGCCUGUUUGGAAGAACUUAAACGCAGCUAUGAGUUCUACCGGUACUUUGAAACUCAGCACCAGUCGGUACCCCAACGUUUAUCCAGAACUCAGCAGAAGUCAAGAGAACUGAGUAAUGUUCACACGGCAGUACGCAGCUUGCAGCUGCAUCUGAAAGCAUUACUGAAUGAGGUAAUAAUUCUUGAGGAUGAACUUGAAAAGCUUGUCUGUACUAAAGAAACACAAGAACUAGUGUCAGAAGCUUACCAAAUCCUAGAACAGAAAUUAAAGUUAAUUCAGCCCCAUGUUCAAGCAAGCAACAAUUGCUGGGAAGAGGCCAUUUCUCAAGUGGACAAAUUGCUACGAAGAAAUACAGAUAAAAAAGGUAAACCUGAAAUGGCGUGUGAGAACCCACGCUGCACUGUGGCACCUUUGACACAGCCUCCUCUACACAUUGCAGACGAAGACCCAAUUCCUGAGGAACAGGAGUUAGAAGCUUAUGUAGAUGAUAUUGAUAUGGACACUGAUUUCAGAAAGGAAGAUUUUUAUUACUUGUCUCAAGAAGACAGAGAGAGACAGAAGCGUGAACAUGAAGAAUCCAAGAGGGUGCUCCAAGAACUGAAAUCUGUGCUGGGAUUUAAAGCAUCAGAGGCAGAAAGGCAGAAGUGGAAGCAGCUUCUGUUUAGUGAUCAUGCUGUGUUGAAAUCCUUGUCUCCUGUAGACCCAGUGGAACCCAUAAGUAAUUCAGAACCAUCAGUGGAUUCAGAUAUGGGGAAAGUUGGUAAAAAUGAUACUGAAGAGGAAAAUAAUAAAACCUCUACAGCUGACAAUGAAAUAAGUAGUAGGACUGAGUAUUUAUGUGAAUACCCUCUAGAUGGUAAAAAUAAAGACAAUUCUGCAAAUGAAGUCUUCUUCCAAGGAGCUGAAGAAAGAGCACAUUACCAGUGUGAGCGUGAAGAUGAGUCUCCGCAGGCAGAUGUAGAUGGCCUGGCCCCUGCCCACCCAGCCCCCAGGGUCUCAUCACAGCCCUCCAUCAAGCAGAGGCUGGCACAGCUACAGCUGUCCCCUGAGUUCACUUUCACUGCUGGCCUCGCUGCAGAAGUGGCUGCUAGAUCUCUCUCCUUUACCACCAUGCAGGAACAGACUUUUGGUGAUGAGGAGGAAGAGCAAAUAAUAGAAGAAAAUGAAAAUGAGGUAGAAGAAAAGUAA